CGGCAGUCGUACGGAACGGACGUACCGAACGGAUCUCGCAGGGCGGCUUUGUGCUCACAAAGGUAUUCCAUUAGUGUCGCGAGUUGCACUCGCGUACCGAAGUGUCUCUGCAACGUAACAAGGUAUCGACGGUAAGCGGUGCGAUGGCCGAUCAGGAGAGCAAGGAUUUCAGCGAGGAUAUCGCGGACCAGAACUUCGCAGAGCAGAACGGCGAUGCCGAGAACGGCGGUGCCGGCGGUGACGCCAUAGAGAACAACCAGGAGUCUCAGGAAGACAGGUCGGCUGGAGCUAACCAGGAUUCUCUGAACGAUAGGAAAUUAUUUGUCGGCGGUUUAAGUUGGGAAACAACCGACAAGGAACUGAGAGAACAUUUCACCGCGUACGGUGAUAUUGAAAGCAUCAAUGUCAAGACAGAUCCAAAUACAGGUCGAUCGAGGGGAUUUGCUUUUAUCGUUUUCACUAAGGCUGAAUCUUUGGACAAAAUCAUGUCAGCUGGUGAUCAUGUGAUCAACAACAAGAAAGUUGAUCCCAAGAAGGCGAAAGCCAGGCAUGGCAAAAUAUUUGUCGGCGGCCUUUCGACAGAACUCUCCGAUGAUGAUAUUAAGAGUUUUUUCUCGCAGUUCGGGACUAUUGUCGAGGUGGAGAUGCCUUUCGACAAGACGAAGAACCAGAGAAAGGGAUUCUGCUUCAUCACUUUCGAGUCUGAACAAGUGGUCAAUGAACUGCUAAAGACCUCGAAACAAACGAUAAAUGGCAAAGAAGUGGACGUGAAGAAGGCCACACCCAAACCGGACGGUGGUAUGAUCGGUAUGCGCGGCGGACCACCCGGUCGCGGUGGCCGUGGAGUCAGAGGCGGCCGAGGUCGCGGAUUCGGUGGCCAAGGCGGAUGGGGACAGGGCGGCUAUGGCGGCUACAGCGGCGGUGGCUACGGCCAGGGAGGAUACGGCAGUGGCUACGAUGGAUACGGAUAUGAUUAUUAUGGUGGGGGUGGGUACGGAGGUUACGGCGGCUACGACUACAGUGGAUACGAUGGAUAUGGAUAUGGCAGUGGUAAUUACGACGGUGGCUACAGUGGUGGGCGUGGGGGCGCACGCGGUAAAGGUAUCGCCAGCCGCGAUCUUCAUACACAUUCACCGUACGAUAUGUUCGAUCAUUCCAUUAAAUCACGGUCUCUUCAGUCAAAUCCUCGAAAAUCGAAUAAUCGUCGUCGAAAUUCAUCAAAAAAGCAAUAGUUCAUUUUUAGUCUUGCGUUUUUAUGUAUAUAUUCAUAUACAUAUAUGCGUUUGCUUUUUGAUUCUCACAAAUCAUCAGUAGUUUUUUUAUUUUGUCUCACGUGACACACACACACACACACACACAGUAUAAAAUAUGAAAUGAGAUAAAAGGAUUACUACUUCCUUAUUAGUAAGAAGUUAAUAGGAUUAGAUAAAUUUGCUUUGUGUACAUAUAAUAUAUUUCUUAUAUACAUUUGUAGUCUUGCUCUGACCUCCUGUAUGGUAACUUAAUUUUUUUUUUUCCUUUUUAAGAAGCGACAUGUACACAAGAUUUAUGUUUCAAACGUAGGAAUAAUCAUUUAUAUAUUAGAUUUAAAUAAGACUGACACACAUAUAAAGGAUUUAUCAGAUUUCUUAAUAGAACUGGUACUCUGCCGAUUUUGUUGCAGCACAUGCGACGAUACAUAAGUGUCCUCGUCUUAGAAGUUGCACUUAUUACGCAUAACUUGGAGCAUGUGCUACGACGAAAUUCUCGCUCGGUCAAAGAACAGCACAUGUACACUAUAUUUAUAUACCGACAAUUUCAUUCUUUACGAUGGGAAUGUCACGAUAAGAUUUUUAAAGUACAAUACGCCGGAGAAAAAUACAAUAGAUAUUGUAUAAUAAAACUAUAAUAUGUAA